AAACGUGAAGGUCACAACUCCAUUUCUAUGUCAUAAUUUCCUUCUCCUUUCUCACUCUCUCGCCAUCUGCAACAAAUCUAAUCCAGUUUCUCUGUUUCGCCACCAUAUUUGCUUACCAACAAAGAACCCACUUUAAGAGGCUGAAAAAUGUUGCGAAUGGUGGAAGUUCCCAUUCCUCCCACUAGAAUUCAAACCCGACCUCUAUUCACUUCACACCGAAAAGCGAAAAUCAGAACGAGAGUGAUCUCAAAAUGGGGGAAUUGUUCUUCUCCAGCCUUCUCGUCCUCAUCUUUCUCCGAUAACUUUUGUCAAACACUUGGUGGGCAAGUUAAGAAAAAGAGUUUGGACAAGGUUCAGGGCAAAGCCAAGAAAAGGGUCUUCUUUUUAGAUGUCAAUCCACUUUGUUAUGCAGGAAGUAGCCCAAGCUUGCACUCUUUUGGCUACUGGGUCGAUUUAUUUUUCAACCAAGUUAGCCUUAGUGACCCUGUCAUAGCGGUUCUUGAUGGUGAGAGGGGAAGUGAACAACGCAGGCAGUUGUUGCCUUCUUAUAAAGCGCACAGGUGGAAGUUCUCGAGGCAAUUCUCGAGAGGCCACGUGGGACGGGCCCACCGAAUCAUCACCGACGUUCUUGGGAAGUGCAAUGUACCAGUGUUGAGAUUCGAGGGCCAUGAGGCGGAUGAUGUUGUGGCCACGCUUGCGGAACAGGCCCUGCGGAAGGGCCACAAGGUGGUGGUUGCCUCGCCUGAUAAGGACUUCAAGCAGCUGCUUUCAGAGGAUGUUCAAAUGGUAAUGCCAUUGGCUGAGCUGAGUCGAUGGUCAUUUUAUACUCUCAAGCAUUAUGAGGCGCAGUACAACUGUGAUCCGCAUUGCGACUUGAGCCUGCGGUGCAUUUUGGGCGACGAGGCUGAUGGAGUGCCCGGGAUCCAGCAUGUGGCUCCGGGGUUUGGGCGGAAGACUGCUCUUAAGCUAUUGAAAAAGCAUGGCUCCUUGGAGGAGCUGCUGAGCACAGCUGCAGUGAGAACUGUGGGGAAACGGUAUGCUCAGGAUGCGCUCGUGGAACACGCGGAUUAUUUGAGGAGGAACUACCAAGUUCUUGCUCUUAGGAGGGAUGUGAAUGUAGAGCUCCAAGAGGAGUGGUUGGUUGAGAGAGAUAGAAAAAAUGAUUCUAUAGUUUUGUCUGGCUUCUUGAAAAUGUUGGAUGGGACCAAGAAGUGUGGUCAGCACAAUGGACAUACUCUUUGCAAGGGCUAAAUG